AUGCAUCCACUCGGUGAGGAUGAUUGCCAGAUUGAUCAAGAAGAGUUGCAUCUCGAAAUGAUUGAUGAAUCAAUUCCUCAACAACCAAUAAUUGCUUCAGGUGAUAACAUGUAUGAUUGGGAAACAGAGUUAAAGAGACAUCGGGAUAACAAUGCCGACGUCUCUAAAGAAUUUGAACAAUUGGCAGAAGAGGUUAAACUUAGCAAUGAGCUCAUGAUCGGGGAAGAAGAAUUAUCUGAAGAGGAUAGACUUGCUUACGAAAAAAGCAAAGGCACAAUGGGAUAUCGUUCAGCUGUUGCGAGAGCAACAACAUUAUGGAAAGGAAAGUGUUCAAAUCAGUGA